AUGGCGGAGGGGCCCCGGAGCGCCCCGCCGCCCGGCUCGCCCCGCCCCGCCGCGCCGCUGCCCAACGGGCCCCGCGGCGGCGGCGGCGGCAGCCCCGGUUCGGGCUCGGGGAGCAGCAGCCGCGAGGACUCGGCGGAGCGGAGCCCCGCGCCCGCCGCGCCCCGUGCGAGCAUCAUGAAGGACGGCUCCCGGCAGCGGCCCGUGCAGAAGAAGACGGUGUCCUUCAGCACGAUGCCCAACGACCGGAAGAUAAACAGCGCAGCUGCCUGCAUCUCCUUCAUGCUGGAGGGCUGUGAGCUGAAGAAGGUGCGCUCCAACUCCCGCAUGUACAGCCGCUUCUUCGUGCUGGACACCGACAUGCGCUCUGUGCGCUGGGAGCCUUCCAAGAAGGACUCAGAGAAGGCCAAGAUUGAGAUCAAAUCGGUGAAGGAGGUGCGCGUGGGCAAGAAAACGCCCAUCCUGCGCAGCAACGGCCUCUCUGACCAGUUCCCUGAUGAGUGCGCCUUCUCCAUCAUCUAUGGAGACAACUACGAGUCCCUGGACCUGGUGGCCAGCUCGGCCGACGUGGUGAGCGCCUGGGUGAUGGGGCUGCGGUACCUGCUGUCCUACGGGAAGCACACGCCCGAGGCCCUGGGGUCCGGCCACCCCAGCCUGCGCACCUCCUGGAUCUCCUCCGUCUUCGACCUCGCCGACCUGGAGAAGUCCGGCCGCAUCCCCGUGUCCCACGCCGUGCAGCUCAUCAAAGCGCUCAACCCUGGCAUGAAGGUGUCCACCAUUGAGCUGAAGUUCAAGGAGCUGCAGAAGGCCAGCGAGCGUCCCGGCACCGAGGUGGGCUGCGACCUGUUUGUGGAGGCGUACUGUGAGCUCUGCACCCGGCCCGAGAUCUUCUUCCUGCUGGUGCAGUUCUCCAGCAACAAGGAGUACCUGGGCCUGAAGGACCUGCUGACGUUCCUGGAGGUGGAGCAGGGCAUGGAGGGCGUCACGGAGGAGAAGUGCUUGGAGAUCGUCAGCAAGUACGAGCCCUCUAAGGAGGGCCGGGAGAAGGGCUACCUGGCCAUCGACGGCUUCACCCGCUACCUGCUCUCCUCCGACUGCUCCAUCUUCGACCCGCAGCACCGCCAGGUGUGCCAGGACAUGGCGCAGCCUCUCUCCCACUACUACAUCAGCUCUGCCCACAGCGCCUGCCUGCUGGAGGACAACUUCUGGGGCCGCUCGGACAUCAGUGGAUACGUCAGUGCGCUGGGGCUGGGCUGCCGCAGCAUCGAGCUGGUGCUGUGGGACGGCCCCGAUGGUGAGCCCGUGGUCUACACCAGCCCCUCGGCCGCCUCCUGCGUGCCCUUCCGCUCUGUGGUGGGGCUGAUCGACCAGCACGCCUUCACCGCCUCCGCCUACCCGCUCAUCCUCUGCCUGGUGGUGCGCUGCUCUGCUGCCCAGCAGCGCCUGGCCGCCCAGUGCCUGCGCAAGACGCUGGGCGAGAAGCUCUACCUGCAGCCACCUGACCCCACCGCCUCCUACCUGCCCUCCCCGGAGCAGCUCAAGGGCCGCAUCCUUAUCAAGGGCAAGAAGCUGCCGCCCGGCUGCGAGGACAGCGAGGGGGAGGUGUCGGAUGAGGAGGAAGGCCGGGAGCUGGCGCGGAGGCUGGGCCAGGAGGACCGCGAGGCGGCAGAAGGGGGGAUCCCGCGGCGCGUGCGGCUGAGCCGUGAGCUCUCGGAGCUGGUGAGCCUCUGCCAGGCCGUCCCCUUCCAGGACUUUGAGAGCUCGCGGCGCGGGCAGCGCUACUGGGAGAUGUGCUCCUUCAGCGAGGUGGAGGCGGGCCGCUUCGCCAAUGAGUGUCCGGCCGAGCUGGUGAGCUACAACAAGCGCUUCCUCUCCCGCGUCUACCCCAGCCCCAUGCGCAUCGAUGCCAGCAACAUGAACCCACAGGACUUCUGGAAGUGCGGCUGCCAGAUGGUGGCCAUGAACUACCAGACGCCGGGGCUGAUGAUGGACCUCAACGCGGGCUGGUUCCGGCAGAACGGGGCUUGCGGUUACGUCCUCCGCCCCGCCAUCAUGCGGGAGGAGGUCUCCUACUUCAGUGCCAACGCCAAGGACUCUCUGCCCGGGGUGCCCGCGCAGCUGCUGCACCUCAAAGUCAUCAGCGGGCAGAACCUGCCCAAGCCAAAGGGCUCGGGGGCCAAGGGGGAGGUGGUGGAGCCCUACGUCUGCGCUGAGAUCCACGGCAUCCCAGCUGACUGCGCGGAGCACCGCACCAAGACGGCCCUGCAGAGCGGGGACAACCCCGUCUUCGAUGAGAGCCUGGAGUUCCAGAUCAACCUGCCCGAGCUGGCCGUGCUGCGCUUCGUUGUGCUGGACGACGACUACAUCGGGGAUGAGUUCAUCGCGCAGUACACCAUCCCCUUCGAGUGCCUGCAGCCUGGCUACCGCCACGUCCCGCUCCAGUCGCUGUCUGGGGAGCCCCUGCCCCACGCCACCCUCUUUGUGCACGUGGCCAUCACCGACCGCCGCGGGGGGGGCAAGGGGCACCGCCGGGGGCUGGCGGGGCGCCGGGGCCGCCGGGUGCGCGAAUAUACCUCCACCAAAGCCACCGGCAUCAAGGCCAUCGACGAGGUCUUCCGGACGGCCACUCAGCCCCUGCGGGAGGCCACCGACCUGCGGGAGAAUGUGCAGAACGCGCUGGUCUCCUUCAAGGAGCUGUGCGGCCUGACGCCCGCCGCCAACAUGAAGCAGUGCAUCCUGACGGUGGCUGCGUGGCUGCUGCACAGUGACGGUGCACCCAGCGUCACCCUCAACCUGGCUGAGCAGUACCCCCCCAUGGAGGCACAGGGCCCCAUCCCCGACCUGCUGCGCAAGGUCCUCACUGCCUAUGAGACGAUGAUCCAGACCAGCCGGACGCUGAUCGAGUCUGCUGACGCAGUGCACAGCAAGCUCAUCCAGGCGCAGCAGGCAGGUAUGGACUUCCACAAGGAGCUGCACCGCAUUGAGGCCAAGGAGGGGCUGCGGGGACGGAAGCUGCAGAAAGCACUGGAGAGCUUUGCCUGGAACAUCACCGUCCUGAAGGGCCAAGCUGACCUUCUCAAGCAUGCCAAGGCAGAGGCACUGGACAACCUCUGGCAGAUCCACAAUGCCGGGCAGUCCUGUGGCAUCGGCAGGAACGGUUUGGCCUCCCCGGAGCCGUCCCGGCUGCGUGCACCACUGGAGCCCAUCCCUGAGGCAGAAGGAGGCAGCGAUGCCGCGUCCUGCUGACCCCGGCCUGGGGCUCAGGCAGCCCCCAUGGAGCAGCCUCUGCUGCAGGAACAGGGACUACAGAGCCUGUGGCACAGUUGGGGAUGGGAAUGGGCAGGGUGCUGAGGGGCUGCCAGCGCAGUCAUUUACCUGCCUGCAGACACUGCAGGGAACUGGGGGAGCCUCACUCCUGUCUGCUCCCUCCGGCUUCCCAGGCCUCUUCCAUCUGCUUCCAGAGCGGGUGCUGUGCUGUGGGGCCGGGGGUUGGACUGCUGGCACCCAGCUGUGUGCGUUCAACCCCAGCCUGCUGUGCCACCUCCCUUGUAAGAACUGCCCCAGGCGUGGGCUUUGGCUGUCAGGGCUGCAGAUUCUGCCUUUGCCAACCCUGGAGACUGCCUGCAUGGCUGGAAGGGGUCUGGCCGACCACUGUUCCUUCUCCCAGGGUCUUCCCAGGUGUCCUCAGGUCCCUGCUGUGCAGAGAAGCUGGGAAGGCACCUGUAGGGCAGCUGGCAAUGGGUCUGGGGCUGUGGGACUACUGCAGAGCAGAGCUGCCAGGGGCUGUGUCCUCUGGCAUCAGGGAGCUCAUCCUGGGCUUGGCCCAUGAGAGAGCACACCGCAGAUGUGGGCUGUGGGUGAGAGGUGGUCUGGGGCUGCGGAGCACUCUGUUUAUAAAGUGUGUGAGACCCACGCUGUGCGCUGCUGUCCCUCUCGGUGCUGGGGGUGGGGUCACCAAAUGAGACGAUGGCAGUGGCGAUGAGGGCACCAUCUUCUGCCGGUUCCAUUUGCGCCGUCCCCGCACGUCAGCGCAGCACGCAGCCGGCGGCUGCCCGGCGCCCCUUUGUUCGGGCGGUAAUUAGCCUAAUGGGGCCACCGGAGCUGACCCGAGAGCUGCCGUUGUUGGGAGCGGUUGGCGCUUCCCCCGGCGCUGACCUUCACGCGGCUUUGUGGGGCCGCUAGUCCCUCGGGUAAUUAUGGCUUCAUUAGUGCCACGCACCCCGGUCCUGCGCUGUACCCACAUAAUACAGAGCCACAAAUGAGGGGAAAGGCCUGACCGGUUUCCGAGCUACCGACAACAAAGACCACACAUCUCCCAGAGACCGGACGGUAUUUUUGGCAGCGCUAUUGUGCGGGGACGGGGGUUGGGGGGGGCCGCCCCUAUAAAGCCCCGGUGUGCGGCUCAGGGCGGCUGCGCUCCUCAGCCCCAGCAGGACAUGCGCCAGCACCGCUUGGCCACCUGAAGACACCCAGAAGGAUGGAGGUGCCCAACACCAAGGUGGGGCUGGGGUGGGCAGGGGCACUGCUGAGGUCUGGUGAGGGCUGGGCCGGUUCCCCUGCGAACAGAAGUCGGGGGGCUCAGCCCUGCCUGGGUUCCCUGUGUGGGUGCGGGGUGCAUGCUGCAUGCGGCAUCGUGCUUUGGCACGAGCUUGGGCAUCUCGCUGCUCCUCCCGCAGCACUCAGUGGUGAGGGAAGGUGCUGGCUGUGUGCUGGCACAGGUAAGUGCUGGUGAAGGUAUCUGCAGCCAACUCCUGCUCACAGUGUGGUUUUUGGGCUGGAAUGGCGGGGCAGGAGCGAAUCUCCUUGGGGUCCCCUCUGUCCCUGAUGUGCCCCAGAGAGGAGAUGCUGCGGGUGCUGCAGCAGAGAUGAGCAGGCAGCCUGCAGGGUGGGAGCUGAGCCCUGUACCAACGCGGC